AUGAUUCUCUUCUUUUCUCUCUUUCUCUUUCUCACUCUUUCCCUCUCUCUCUCCGUCUCUCUUUUUCUCUGUCUCUCUUUCCUUCUCACUCUCUCUCUCUCUAUUUCUCCCUGUCCCUUUAUGCCUUUAUGUCUUUCCUUCUCUCAUCUAUCUAUUUAUUCUCUUCUGCACAUAUCUAUCCAUACAUCUAACUGUAUAUUCCAUUCUGCUCGUAUCUAUCUAUCUAUCUAUCUAUCUAUCUAUCUAUCUCAGUGUGUUCGUAUCUAUCUAUCUAUCUAUCUAUCUAUCUAUCUAUCUAUCUAUCUAUCUAUCUAUCUCACGUCAUUCCGCCUUCCGCCUCCUCCUGAUCUUGUCAAACUCUCCACUGCAGGAAAAGCAAACAGCCAAAAAAAAAAAAAAAAGGGACGAAAAUUUCCUUUCCUUUUCAAGAGAGGUGACAGACCCACAAAGCUUCCUAGCUGUAUUUCCACUCCAGCAAUACCUUUCUUUCUCUCCCCAACUCUUUCUAUAUUCGCCACCAUCCUUACCCUCUCGCUUCUACAUCACCCACCUCGUUUCCAUGCCCUGUUCCCUCUUUACCACACCCCCACCCAUAUCAUGUCGGCGUGUCUUACUCAUCACGCGGAGAAAAAAAGGGGCUUCGUUAGGGAUGAGCAAUGCAUUAAUACACUUAAUUACCAAUCGGCCUUCCUGACAAAAUAUUUCUUCAACAAUUAUCGGCUGCAAUGCACCAUUGUGGGUGGGAAAGGUGUGGCGUCCUUCCGUCUUUGUGGUGGCUUGUCUGUUUCUAUGAGGUAA